UGUCUGCUGUCUCACUGUGCUGUUGAGUUCAUCUCUCCCGCAUCAUAAGUCUUAAAAUUCUGAAGCCCAAGUAAUCUCAAUCCGAAGAACAACCGGUAACGACCAAAGACCAACGAUUGUGUGUUUUCGUUUUUGUGUACAUUCCAAUUUCCACCAUAACUAAGUCACUGUCACUACGAUAUUACACCACGGACACGGAACGAGCCAGAUUUGAGAUUUCGUCGUUGUUGUCGCGUCGUCGACCGUUUCGCAUUCGCAGUCGUCGCGUCGUCGUUGGACGUUGGACUAUCUCUUGUAAAAAGAACCCUCAUUCGUUCACGAUUGAAAGCUAUUGAACAGUUCAUCAGCGUCCGUGCUCCUGAGCAGUCGUCUAUUUAAUGUGCGUCUCUCCUGGCUACAAAAAGUUCUUUUCGUCUGUUUCUGUUCGGAACCGUAGUAAAUUUAUGGUGCUGUUCCGUUGGUGCGUUCGGAAUAUUAAUUCAGCCAAAAAUUAAACUGUGACCUUUGUUUCGGGACUCCUGAAUCCUGAUGGAGGAAGUCAAAUAGAAGUUUUCAACAAAUAUUCUUUGUACAGUGAAUAAUUUAAAUUUAAAUCCUUUUCAUCGUCCUUUCAAUUAUUAUUAUUGUGUUUAUUUGUUUAAAUCUUUGUAAUGACGGUUUUGAUUUGUAAGGAUGUUCCUGCUCCCUACUUCUAUGUAAAAUAAGUUCAAGUCAAUUUUAACAUCUGUUACAUUUUUUGAAGAAGAUUAGCGCCAACUUAUAGAGUGAUAGCGCGUUCGCGUUUAAAUAUUAUUUUUUACACUUUCGCUCUCUCGUCGUCUCUGAUUUUUGUAUAAUGUGCGUUCUGUUUAAAAAAUAAACAGUUGUUCUGAGAAUUAACGGUAAUUAUUGCUUAUUUCUCAGAAAUAUAAUAAAUAUAGUGAGAUCCCAGAGCAAGAAAACAAAUAAAUAAAAUUGAGCCACCAAAGGACAUUCAGAGUGUUAUACUUCACAUAUGCAUACCCUGAAAUUGGUUUAACCGGAAAUCCCAUACUUACUAAAUAAUAAGGAACACACACACAAAUCUUUAUAAAUGGUUCUAAAGGAUAUGCACGUACGUGAAAACCUUACUAUGGACAAUCGUAAUACAACAUUUACUACGCGACGUGGGUGCAUGCUUUCAUUUACAACGCUUAUCCUUGUUGGAGCUAUUUUCAUAUGCACUCUGUUGGCGGUUAGUUUUAUUAUCUAUAACUUCGCUUCCUGCGCUCACUUGGUUCAAGAUAGCGAAAAUAUAGUAUGCACUCCACACAAACCACACUUGCAGCCAGGUCAAGAACGGAGUUCCACUGCUGGCAGUGGUAGCAAUGCCGAUGGCUCUGACGACGAUGGGGAAAAAGACUUGGAUAAAGAUGUCAGAUUGCCGAGGUCCGUUGUCCCAGAGAAAUAUAACAUCUCAUUAAUUCCUCAUCUUUCUAACAAUACCUUCAAAUUCGAGGGUGAAGUACAAAUAAUUGUGCGGGUUGUGGAAGCUUGUCAGAAUAUUACCAUGCAUGUCACAGAAUUGAGAAUAGCCCAAGAGGAUGUUGCUGUUCGAAAAUUGAAUGACAAUGGCAGCGGCAGCGGCAGUAGUAGCGGUGAUAGUCUCCGGAUACGGAAGCAAUAUUUUGUCGAAGCAAAGCAGUUCUUUGUCAUUGAUUUUUAUGAGGAACUACAAAAGGAUACUCAUUACGAGAUUCGCAUCAAGUUCUAUGGGGACAUACUGGACUAUUUACAAGGAUUCUAUCGCAGUUCCCAUCAAGUGGGCAACGAAACAAGGUGGCUUGCCUCGACUCAAUUCCAGCCAACAGAUGCCCGAAGAGCGUUUCCUUGUUUUGAUGAACCAGCUCUUAAGGCUACCUUCACGUUGAAUAUUGCGCGCCCAUUGAAUCUGUCAUCGAUAUCAAACAUGCCAAAGAAAGAGGGACCAUUGAGGAAAGUCGAUAACAUUCCAGAUUAUGUUUGGGACAACUAUAUGGAGUCUCUUCCAAUGUCAACAUAUUUAGUAGCUUAUACUGUCUCGGAUUUUGCAAAUCUUACCAAAGGAAGCUUUUCCGUCUGGGCACGGCCUGAUGCUAUACAAUCUGCCCAAUACGCUCUUAUUGUUGGACCUAAAAUAUUAAAAUUUCUAGAACAAUACUUUAACAUUCCAUAUCCAUUACCAAAAGUUGAUAUGAUAGCAUUGCCAGAUUUCCAUGCCGGUGCCAUGGAAAAUUGGGGUCUGAUUACAUUCAGAGAAAUCGCCAUGCUCUAUGAAGAGGGUGUUUCUCCAACAACCAACAAACAACGGAUAGCAUCUGUUGUUGGCCAUGAAUUAGCUCACCAAUGGUUUGGAAAUUUAGUAACACCAACAUGGUGGACUGACAUUUGGUUGAAUGAAGGUUUCGCAAGUUACAUGGAAUAUCUGACAGUUGAUGCUAUUGAACCUGAAUGGAGGACCAUGGAUCAGUUUGUUGUAACUGAAUUGCAAAAUGUCUUCCAUUUGGAUGCAUUUUCGUCAUCGCAUAAAAUUUCCGUUGAAGUUUCUAAUCCCGAUGAGAUAAAUGAAAUUUUCGAUAAAAUCUCAUAUGCCAAAGGUGCUACGAUUAUCCGGAUGAUGAGUCAUUUCUUAACAUCCAAAGUCUUUCGAUCGGGACUUACGAAAUAUUUGAGAGAAAUGGCAUACCGUGCUGCUGAACAGGAUGAUCUUUGGAGGUUCCUUACCAAUGAAGCGAAGGCAAGUGGUUUGCUAAGCAAUUCAACAACUGUUAAAGAAAUCAUGGACACCUGGACCUUACAAAUGGGUUUCCCAGUGUUAACAAUUAAGAAGAAACCAAAUUCGUUUAUCAUGCAAAUGGAACAGAAGAGGUUUGUCUAUGUGAACGAAAGCAGUUCUGAAGAAGCAAACCCCUUGUGGUGGAUUCCAAUUACUUACACAACAUCCAAGGAAUUAAACUUUGAGAACACACGGCCCAUUACAUGGGUUCCAAAAACCAAGAACUUUGAUAUUAACAGCAAGAACCUUUCCACCGCUGAAUGGUACAUAUUUAAUAUUCAGCAAACUGGUUACUAUCGGGUGAACUACGAUGCAGAGAACUGGGCGGCAAUUACAAAGCAUUUAUUACAACCAUCGAAGUUUAGGGAAAUUGCUCCAUCAAAUCGGGCUCAGUUAAUUGAUGAUGCAAUGAGUCUAGCUCGAGCUGGACUUAUAAACUACGAUGUAGCCUUGAACUUAACUACAUAUCUUGUCCAUGAAGAGGACCAUGUACCUUGGAAGGCUGCUAUUGUGGCUUUUAACUUUAUUGAUUCAAUGUUUGUGCGAGAGGGGGACUAUCAUCUCUUAAAGACGUAUCUAUUGAAGCUUCUCAACAAAGUGUACGAUCAAGUUGGAUUCACUGAUAAUAUUGAUGAGAAGGAUAUGCUUAUGCUUUGGAAGCGUAAUGAGAUCCUGAACAUGGCUUGUCAUUUGGGACAUCAGAAAUGCAUUACCGACUGUAGCAGACAUUUCCAAAACUGGAUACAAGAUCCUAAUCCAGAUAUGAAUAAUCCGAUCUCACCAAAUCUACGAAAUAUCGUUUAUUGCACAGCAAUUCAAUAUGGAACCGAAGCAGAGUGGAACUUUGCCUUCGAUCGUUAUAUGAACUCAAAAGUCUCCAGUGAACAGGAAGUUCUAUUAAGUGCCCUUGGAUGUUCCAAAGAACCAUGGAUUCUUUCUCGUUAUCUAAGAAGGGCUGUUUCUGGAGAGGGUAUUCGUAAACAAGACGUGUAUCGAGUUUUUGCUGCAGUUUCUCAUAAUGUGGUGGGACAACAAAUCGCUUUCGAUUACAUUCGGAAUCAUUGGGAUAACAUUAUAAUAUACCUUGGAAAGUCAAUGUCCAAUCUAAACACGAUCAUCAAGUUCCCAACAAAACUCAUGAACACUCGAUUCCUUUUGGCUGACUUGAAGAGUUUUGUGAAGAAUGAUCUAAAGGAAACAGGUCGCACCAUCCAACAGGCUGUUGAACAGGUUCAAAUAAAUGUCGAUUGGAUGGAUCGCAAUUACAACACAAUUGUUGAAUGGCUCAAGAAACAAGAGAUUAACAAAAGUUAAAAUUAAAUGCCACACAAAUCAAAUUAAUUUAAAACAAAUAAAAACAAAAACAAAGACUGGUUUGAAACGACCUUUGUUUUAUAAAUAUUCCUUUGUUAAAAAAUGUAUUCUUAAUAAAUUAAUUUAUGUAAAAAAUUUAAGUCUAAGAUAUAUAAAAUACCAAAUGGCCAAAUAUACCGAAUAUGCCAAUCCUUUUAUUUUAAAAACAAGUUAGUUUUAUGAUAUAAAAAAAGAAACAAACAACUUUUGUAUCUUUAUUUUUUUAAUAUUUUAUAUUUUGUAUUUUUAAUGUAAUAGAUUUAACAAAAACGAAAAGCAAAAUUUUACUCUAUCAUCCGUCUGUUUGUAAAUAUUAAAUAAUUAAUUAUGUACUACAUACACUUUAAGUAAUAAUGCUUAUAUAUAAUCAUAGAUAUACAUAAAAAUAAUAAAAAUAACAAAAUAAUAUUAAUUUAGAUUUUAAAUUAGAAUUUAAGGAAUUUACACUCCGAUAUUUAGUCAGCACAAGUAACCAGAUGCCAGAUUACAUGCAUUUGAAAUGUUUAAUUUCUUUAUAUUCAUUGUAUGUUAAACAUUAUAAAGUAUUACAUUAAGCAUUUAAUUAUUGAUGAAUUAAUGAAAUUGUGUACUUAAAAUAAAUAAAUAUAAAUUAAAUUAA